AUGCCCAACUCAAAGUGUGCUGCUGCAUUCUGCAGGAACAAACGGGCGGUAGCGAGAGACCGGAAACUGGACAUAAUCUUUCACAGCUUCCCGGUAGAUGAUGCGUUGCGUCGUCGGUGGAUACAGUUUUGCAGGCGUGGUGAUCAAUGGACACCGUACAAAACCGAUUCAAUCUGCUCGGCCCACUUCAGGAAGCAGGACUAUCAGAUGGCUAAUUCGCCGCGUACUUGGAGUAAAAAUCUUCGACGCCUUAAUCAUGAUGCAUUCCCAAGCAUUAUGGAUGGAUCAGUUCUAACUAUUUCGAAAAAGCAAAAACUCGACAAACAAACUCAUGCCCAACUGGUGGAGGAACUGUAUCACAAAACGACGCAUCACGAUGUGGCCACCGAGCGCGAUCAUACGUACAGUGGAGUGACUGCAGCAAUGGAAGAGUUGGAAAUGAUCGUUUACCGAUUGCAAAAAUUCCCCGACGUGUGUGCCUGUUGCUUUAAAACGAUCACCGACGAAAAGCUGUUCACACCUUUCGCUCACUACUGCGAUGAACUGGAAUGUACGAUCGAGCAAAAAUUGGCCGAGAUUACCGGAAUGAUUACGGAUGAGAUAGACCAUGCUAAUGUCUCACAUCCAUCACCGGAUAAGGUAUGCGAGGAUUGUUUGGAAGCACUUGUAGCAAUUCAUCAGUACCAAAGACAAUUGCAGUGUAUGCGCAAGUUUUGCAACGGAAUGACUCAUCUACUGCGGGGCAAUAGAGAACCACUGGCCACGCUUUACGGAUCGGAGCAACGUUCGUAUUUGGUACAUCUUUUGCAAUGUCUAAACGUAUGUCAAGGACCAGAAGAUAAGAUUACACUCGAACGGCUAGAGCAAGAGGUAGCAACAUACGGACGGAUGAAAAAGGGCACUGUAUAUGAGCAGGAUCAUCCACCAUCCGAAGAAACUCAACUAGAAGUUAGUAAUGAUAAAGUCCAGCCAAAGCGAUGGAUUUGCCCGUACGAAGCAGUCUGCCGGGAAUGGUUCCUGGAUGAAGCGGCAUUUCUGCAACACGUGCGUGAUGAUCACAAAGUGUUCAAAUGCCGUACCUGUGGCAGUAGGAUAAAAUUCUACGAUCUGUUUAAAAAGCACAUCGAUAGUCACGCGAUUGCACGGGCGCUACUGUUGUCUCACAAUAGCAAAGGAACGCCCAGAAAGAAGGAGCUAAAAUGUGGUACCUGUAGCAAAGAUUUUAAAAGUGAGAAUCUUCUAAAACAACACGAAAAAGCCUCGUGUACCAAACAAAACUAUGUGUGCGGCGCUUGUCUCACAAUGUACGCAUGUGAGGAUAAUUUCAACAGUCACACGUGUUCGUUGGCGCGCAUGAAGAUUGAACCAGUUUAUCCUAUGGAGGAGCUUGAUGGGAGGACCCUUUAUCAGGAAGAUUAUGUAUCAGAAUCAGAGGACGAUUCUCGUGAAAACAGUAUAAAAAGCAGCGUUUCGCCAAAUCAUUCUUCAAGUGGGGUAGAGUUUUCUAUCGAAAUACUUCGGUAA